AUGUGAAUUCCAUUUCAACCUCAAAUUCACUGCGCAAUCCAAAUGGGGUUGCUAGUCGGUUUUGCAAGGCAAAGAGAAUAUUAUGGGCAGCGCAUUCCUCGCAAUCAGGAAGAAACGAAACAAGCGUAGCCAACGCAACCUCGGGGUUAUGGCCAGCACCGCCUGCUCACCCACUGAUAUGACCCUUGGUUGAGAAGCUCUUACACCUGCACGGCUGAACUAGAAACAGAGACGCCAAGACGGGAGACAGAAUGCUGAUAACGGUCACAGAAGCUUCUUGUUCUCCCAACUGCUUAAACAUCUCCACUCUCUCUCCCUUCACCCUCAAACCCUCAUCAAGGUUCCGAAACUCCAGCUGCAGAGCUAGCUGCGCUGUCCGGAGGAUACACAAUUGUGGCAUAUCACGGAAAGCUGCCUUUGCCUGCCGCAGCUGUGAGGCUGCAGUUUUUGAUCCGUUGGGUCUCAAUUCAGAAAAAUCUUCGGGUCCCAAUGCUAAUUUGGAAAGGGUUGUAAGCUUGCUUUCAAAAACAUUUCAGCGUGCCUCAAGUACGAAAAAGGAGAAAUCUUCCUCAGCUCGAGGGGUGGCUGCUGCAAUUGAGGAUAGCUCAAUUGAUUUUGGUGACUUCUUCAAAGGCCCGCUACCGGCUAAAUUUCUCAAGCUUUUGGGGUAUUUAGCUCUGUCCAGACUAGGAAUAUAUGUACCCCUUGGUGGAGUCAAUCGGGAUGCUUUUGCUGGCAAUUUGGAUCAGAACAGUUUAUUGAGCACUUUGGAUUCAUUUUCUGGAGGAGGCAUUGGCCGACUUGGGAUAUGCUCCCUUGGUAUUGUUCCCUUCAUCAAUGCACAGAUUGUGUUUCAGCUUCUGACACAACUUUAUCCCAAGUUGCAAGAACUUCAGAAAAGAGAGGGUGAAGCUGGAAGAAAGAAAGUUCUACAGUAUACUCGCUAUGCUUCGGUUGGGUUUGCUAUUGUACAGGCAAUUGGUCAAGUACUAUACCUUCGCCCCUUUGUCAAUGACUUCAGCACUCAGUGGGUUCUAUCAUCUGUUACUUUAUUGACGCUUGGCUCAGUACUUACAACAUACAUUGGGGAACGGAUCUCUGACCUAAAACUUGGAAAUGGUACAUCUCUUCUGAUAUUCACAAGCAUUAUUUCCUACUUGCCCGCAUCUUUUGGCAGGACAGUUGCACAGGCAUUUCAGGAUGGUAACUAUCUUGGACUUGUUGCCAUCAUCAUCUCCUUUUUCCUGCUGGUCCUUGCUAUUGUAUACGUUCAGGAAGCAGAGAGGAAAAUUCCACUUAAUUAUGCAUCCAGAUACACCAGCAGGAGUGGAGGGCUACAAAAAUCUGCUUACCUGCCAUUCAAGGUGAACAGUUCUGGAGUGAUGCCAAUCAUUUUUUCUGCAUCAACAUUGGCUCUUCCUGGGACUGUAGCACGCUUCACUGGAUUAACUGUGCUGAAAAAAGCUGCUGUAGCUUUAAAUCCAGGAGGUUCUUUGUAUCUCCCAACCAACAUCCUAUUGAUAGCCUUCUUCAACUACUACUACACUUUCCUUCAGCUGGACCCCGAUGAUGUCAGUGAGCAAUUGAAGCGCCAAGGUGCAUCUAUCCCACUUGUCAGACCAGGAAGAAGUACAGCCGCAUUUCUUAAAAUGGUUCUUAGUCGGAUCUCGGUUUUAGGUUCUGCAUUUUUGGCUAUUCUGGCUGCUGGUCCUGCUGUGAGUGAACAAAUCACACAUCUCACUGCGUUUCGGGGAUUUGCAGGCACAUCUGUUCUCAUUCUUGUUGGCUGUGCUACAGACACUGCUAGGAAAGUUCAGGCAGAGAUAAUAUCCCAAAAAUACAAGAACAUUGAGUUUUAUGAUCCUGACAUAUAUGGACCAUAAAAGAAAAAUUACGACCCAUUGUAUAUUACGUGUUUUACUUGCAAUCCGGGCAAUGCUUAAUUUGUUAUUUUCUCCAAAUUGCAGUUUUAUGGCCAAAUUUAUUGUCGUUUUAUUUUUUCUAAUAAAUAAUUGUCCCUAUUGGCUUUCUGAGAAA